AUGUGUGAGGCUCUUAGUGACAUCACAUGGAUGCCGGAGACUAGUCUUAUUUUAAGCACCAGGAGAGCCCCUGUUUCUGGUACAUCUGGCCUCUGCUACAGGGAAAAAGGAAGAGAAGAGGAUAUAGAAGCCAUGCAAGGUCCUAAAACCAGCACCAAGACCUUCAAGCAGGCCUUCCUCAAGAAACUCAUCCUCGGCCUGCAGCUCCAGGGACGCAUGAGAACUUCCUUCGGCAGCGACGCCAUGAGCCUCCACGAGAGGAAGCUCGCCAUCAAGUCCUCCGCCAACGCCGCCAUGGUGGCCGCGCGUCGUGCCUCCCGCACCGACGCGAGGUGGCCCAAGGCCAUCUUGGCCUCGGCGGCCGUCUCACCAUCAUCCAGCGCGUGCAAGGUGCAGAGGUGCAGGCGGAUGGUGAGCAGAUGCUGCCGCCGGAAGAGGAGCUGGAUUAGAUCAGGUCGCGCUAGUGGUGGCGACGUUGCGAGGAGGAUAAUGGUGCUGAGGGAGGUGAUACCCGGAGGCCGGGACGCCACCGUCAACGAGGCCACCCUACUACGCGAGGCCAUGGACUACGCAGUGCACCUGCGCGCUCAGGUCGACAUGCUCCGCCUGCUAUCGGAAGCCGUGCAAAGAUCCAGCUCCUGCUCGGCUGCUCCCGGCGGGUACGUGGCAAUCUAA